GCAGCCGCGCAGGCGCCGCCGCCAUCUUCCUCUGGCCGCCGGGCGCGCCGCAGCAGCCGCCGCAGCCUCUUCAUCGUCAUGGGGCACCAGCAGCUCUACUGGAGCCACCCCAGGAAGUUCGGGCAGGGCUCCCGCUCCUGCCGCGUGUGCUCCAACCGCCACGGCCUCAUCCGCAAGUACGGGCUGAACAUGUGCCGGCAGUGCUUCCGCCAGUACGCCAAGGACAUCGGCUUCAUCAAGCUGGACUGAGCGCCGGGAGGAUGAGGCCGUCUCCGGGCUCCCCCGGGGCCUCCCCGACACCUCCGCCAGCGCUCGACAACGCCUUUGAUGAAUAAAUAGUUCUCCCUGCCGAAA